UUCUUACAGGCGGCUCUGCUUUCUGGUGUGUGUGUGUGUGUGUGUGUGUCAGAGGUUUGUGGUGGGACUGUGCCUUGAUCUCGGGCUACUGCAGUAAAAGCGUGAGGAGGAGGCAGGAGAGGAGAGUGCUGCACUCUGGAAUUCUCCAUAGGAAAGAGGAAUAACACCAGUCCAGCUCCACAGAUAGCAUCGGACUGGAUCCCUAGUGAGAUUUUAGCGGGUUCCACAUCUCUGGCCUUAUGCAGAAAACUCUGAGCACACCUGAUUUAGACCAGACCAGGCUGUGUGUUAUGUAUAGUCGCUGAUCUCUGAGAUGGCCUUGUGGGCCCAACAGGCCCAAACAUCCCCCCUGCAGCACUGCUUCCAUCUCUUCCAGGCCCUGUGGCCCACCCUGUGAGUCUGAUCGGCCCAGCUCUGCUAACACCCAACCUGGGCUUCCCUAUCAUCGGGCCACCUGGCUUCACUCUGGGCCCACCAUGGGAGGAUGCCUCUCCAAACCCAAACCAGUAGAGAUCAAAGUUGAGCUCACUCUUUUGGACAAAGAGAAGGAGGUGGACCUGAUGUCUCCUAAUGGAAAGGCCAGUCCAUUUUCAGAAUGCAGACCCAAUGGAUCUAUGGGACACUGUUCAGACGAGGACACCAUGACACUGUGGCCACAGCGCAAACAUAGAGAUUACAUAGAGGCGUCUGUCUGCCAUGUAAAAGACCUUGAGAAUGGACAAAUGCGUGAGGUGGAUUUAGGGGCAGGUCGUGCUCUGCUCAUUAAGGAACAUGGAGAAUUCUUUGCCAUGGGACACAAGUGCCCACAUUAUGGUGCUCCACUGGUCAAAGGUGUGCUGUCAAAAGGCCAUGUGCGAUGUCCAUGGCAUGGGGCAUGCUUUAACAUCACUACGGGUGAUAUUGAGGAUUUUCCUGGCCUAGACAGUUUACCUACCUUCCAGGUCAGAGUCGAAAAGGAGAAGGUAAUAAUAAGAGCAGACAAGCAGGCCCUUCAGACUCAGCGGCGGUCAAAGGCCAUGUCAAAAUGUUCAGCUGUCAUCAAUUCCAGCACUGGAUUCAGCCACAUUCUCAUUAUUGGAUCAGGUCCUGCUGGUCUGGUCUGCGCUGAGACUCUGAGGCAGGAGGGUUUUACUGAUCGUAUAGUGAUGUGCACCAUGGACAAACAUCUGCCUUAUGACAGGCCUAAACUGAGUAAGUGUUUAGAGAGCACAGCUGAGCAGCUUCAGCUGCGCUCAUCUGACUUCUUUCAGAUGCACGACAUAGAGAUACUAUUAGAGAAAGAGGUUGUCUCCGUGGAUGUGAAGACACGGACUGUGACAUUUCGGGAUGGUUUUAAAAUGGAGUACCGAAAACUCUUCAUUGCCACAGGGAGCAGACCCAAACCUCUCAGCUACAAAGGCAAAGAUGUGGGAAAUGUGUUUCACCUCAGUACACCAGAAGAUGCCAACAGUAUCGCGACUCUCGCCAGCAGUAAGAAUGCCGUCAUUGUUGGAACCUCGUUUAUUGGCAUGGAAGUGGCAGCAGCUCUCACAGAUAAGGCUCACUCAGUGUCUGUGAUCGGCAUAGAGGCCAUGCCAUUCCGUAAAGCACUCGGAGAGAAAGUGGGAAAAGCCUUGAUGAAGUUGUUCGAGUCUAACAGGGUGAAGUUCUACAUGUUGAACGAAGUGUCAGAGAUGCAAGGGCAUAAUGGACAGUUAAAAGAAGUGGUUCUGAAAAGUGGCAAAGUCUUGAGAGCUGACGUCUGUGUUAUUGGUAUUGGCUCCAGUCCAGCCACAGCAUUCCUGAAGCAGAGCGGAGUGCACAUGGACUCCAAAGGAUUCAUCACAGUCAACAAGCUCAUGCAGACAAACAUUGAUGGGGUUUUCGCUGGGGGUGAUGUGGUAACGUACCCUCUAGCUUUACGUUGCAAUAAGAAGGUGAACAUACCCCACUGGCAAAUGGCUCAUGUACAUGGGAGAGUGGCUGCCCUUAGCAUGAUGGGAAAGGCCUCAGACAUUAAAACGGUGCCUUAUUUCUGGACAGCCAUGUUUGGGAAAAGCAUACGAUAUGCAGGUUAUGGAGAUGGCUUCGAUGAUGUCGUCAUCAAGGGGGAUUUGGACGAGCUGAAAUUUGUUGCAUUCUACACAAAGAGUGAGGAGGUGGUAGCCGUGGCCAGUGUGAACUACGACCCCAUUGUGUCACGGGUUGCAGAAGUCUUUGGAGCUGGAAAGACGAUUAGGAAACGUGAUGUGGAGACAGGAGACAUGUCAUGGCUGAUCGACAAAAGCUCGCAGUGAAGAUGUGAUCGGUUAAGCACAGCAAGCUCUUUGAGUUUUCUUGCCAAACUAGGACGAUCACCUGUAACAGAUGUAGUCUUAGUGCUUCAACUGCAGUUGGUUAAGUUGGACACUAGAUGGGAGACGUAAACUGUCCUAACCCGAGUACCUGGGCCGUGCCGAGGACAUCGUCCCCGUGACGUGGAACCUCUCCAGGCCUGGAUUCGUUCACAGCACUAACAAAUGAGCCAUACCUGGUUUUUAACCCUCUGUACUAGACAGGACAGCUCUCUGUUUCUCUUGUGGGUUGGUCGAAUCUUUUGCAUGAAGCAUCUGCCUGUACACAAUGUUCAUUGGAGAGCAGUUAAGUGGAAUUGUCAUGUUUUAUUUUGUACAUGGAACUUUGUAUAUAGCUGUUAACUGAAGAUACAUUCAAACAAUAAGGCUGCACUUUUUUCUACUGAACCUCUGCUACUGAAUAGUCAGGCUGAAGGAAUGAGAACAGAGCUGAUGUCUGGCUCACAUCGAAAUACGCAGCUUCGCUUGUGGCAGUUUGUAGAUGUAUGGAGAACAGAUGCAUGAUAAUUCAUAUGCAUAGGGCAUUAGUUUUCAUUAAGACUCUCCCAAAGGAUCUUAAUGUGGGAUCAUUAUUCAGGGAAAGUAACAAGGUCCAUAUGUCAAUGUCUAUGAAUAUAAAUCCAAUAUAAUAUAGUAUUAUCAUAUAUCAAAAUUCCCUAAAUGGUGAAUCUCAAACAAAAUCAAAAAGAAAAAAGUGUGUGUCUGUAUAUUGCUUAAAAACAUUAUCCCUGUUUUUAGGACCAUUACAUUUUUCAUACAUAUAUUGCAAUAAUAAGAAUUUGGAAAUAUAUAUAUACUAUAGAUACUAUAUUUGAACGAGACUGAAGUAACUGCUGCUAAAUUCAGCUGUUGCCAUCAGAAAUACAAUUUAUUGAAAAAUAUAUUUCAAGUUAUUUUAAAUUGGAAUAUAUACUUUUUUUUUUGAGGGCAUUAUUUUUUCACGAGAAUUAAGCACAUUCUCCUGAAUUUAACUUCAGCGUUUCACUUAUUACUACAAUUAUCUAUUACUUAUUUCUUUAUGCAAAAUAUAUAUCAAUUUGGUUUUCUUUUGUGAUUUCGGGGUUGGCGUGUUAUUGACAGGCUUCACAAAUCGCUGAAAUCUUUUAUUUAAUUCUCACGGCCAUCAAGCAUUUCAAGUGGAAAUUUACAGUGAAAACUCCACGGCAAUAAAGCGAUGCUGUCCUUUUGAAUGUUCUCCCCCCAAACUGAAGCAUGACCCCAUGCACCAUGACUGGCCUGAAUCACUCGCUGACCUUUAACUAUUACUAUAUACCUCUUGCUCAUGGGAACUUUGGUUGCCCUGCUAGUAAAUUGCACAAGACAACAAAUAUUUAAACCUAUUACUUUAUCUAUAGAAAUGCUCGUAUUAUAAGAGGAUUGUAUUUUCUGACUAAUCGUAAAAUGUGUUAUUGAUGACAGACUGAUAGAUUUUUGAUUGUAUUUUUAGAUUGUACUCAAUAACGAAUGCUUUUCUUGUAGCUCUGACCUCCUAUAGCUUUUCUUUGGUACUAACUCAGGGAAUGGAGGUUUCAGUUAUAUGGGACUGGUUCUGGUGGAGUAAUAUUAAUAAUAAAAAAAAGAUGAAUACAUUUGUUGCUAUAA